CAUUUUUCACACACAUGAUCCGGUUCUGCUGGUUCUGUAGUUGAUCAGUUCAACUUCGUAUUUCUGUAAGAUGUGCUUCUUCGUCUUCAACAGAUUUCCUCAAAUGAAUCUUUUUGGCAAGUUCCUGUUGCUGUGCAGCAUAAGCGUCGCUUUUAUCGCGGUUCGAUGGAGCGCUCUGUCAUUUAAUGAAGAGUCCUUGAAAGGUUCCAGGGUGCUGGUGACUGGUGCCAGUACUGGCAUAGGUGAGCAGUUGGCGUAUCACUAUGCCCGUUUAGGAGCCCAACUGGUUAUCACAGCGAGGAGAGGAAAUGUCCUAGAACAGGUUGUGAGCAAGUGCUUGGAAAUGGGGGCUCAAAGGGCAUUGUUCGUCCCUGCGGACAUGGCAAGCCCGUCCGAUGCUGACCAUGUGGUGCAGUACGCCAUCGAACAGCUUGGGGGUCUGGAUUACCUGGUUCUGACCCCCCUCGGGCCCAGUCCAUACGGAAUGUGGGAUGGAAAUGUGGAGCACACACGAUGGCUGCUAGAGGUGAAUUUUCUCAGUUAUGCAGAGAUGACGCAAAAAGCUUUGCCAGCCCUUGAAAAGAGUAAAGGGUCAAUAGUUGUUGUUUCCUCCCUGCUAGGAAAAAUAUGUGGCCCCUUUGCUUUGCCAUAUGCCGCAACUAAGUUUGCACUGAACGGUUUCUUUGGAGGCCUCCAGCAUGAGCUAGCAAUGCAAAAAAGCAAUGUGUCCAUAACCAUCUGCACACUGGGCCUGAUCGACACAAAUAGCGCCAUGGAGAAAAUCAAACAUUACAUCAACAUAACCGCCUACCCUGCACACGAAGCCGCCUGGCAGAUUAUCGAAGCUGGAGCGUCUCGCCAGUCUGAGGCCUUUUACCCCUGGUACACAUUCUACGCCUGUCUCUUCAGGGAUUGGUUCCCAUACUUCAGGGAUCAAGCGAUUCAAAAAUCCUACACAUAUGAUCCACAAGUUAAUAAGGAUCUAGUUACUGGAAGCUGACAGUUUCAUGAAUCUAUGUGUUGAGCAGAGCAUUAGCGGUUAAAGCAUGUGCUCUGACACACCAAACCCUGGUGCUCAGGGUGAGAGUUUCUCACCAAAAAUAAAGCUUUAUAAUGAAACAGGUUAACAUUCAACCUGCUGAGAAACAUUUUAUGGAGCACUUUAUCAAUAACAUUUGCUGAUCUCGAGAAUUAAAGAGUUAAACACUUUGUAUUCUAUGUCUGUUCACAAACAACAAGCACUUUUUAUGGCAGAAACUGUUUGCAAAGUGUGUUAAAACCAUGUUUCAUGUUAUUAUUCAGUAUGUGAAACAGCAGAUGUCUUGUCUGUGUAGACUAAACUACCUCUGUAAAGCACUGUGAACUUACCUCAUGUUUUCUUAUCAGUGACUAGCGCUAACGAUAUUUCUACGCGACCUGUUGUCAGACUCACUCAACAAUAAAGAUGUUCAAAUAAAA